AUGAGAAACGAGAUCACCGGCUGCUCACAGCGGCGCUACUGCUCACGGCGGGGAAGGGAGAUCGGCGGCGCAGCUCACGACGGUGGCGGCGAAGGGACAUCAGCGGCACUGCUCAUGGCGGUGGCGAUGAAGGGACAUCGGCAGCGUUGCUGCUCAAGGAGGCGGCGAAUUGAUACGGCGGCGCUGCUGCUCAUGGCGCAGGGGGGUCGCCGGCGGUGCUGUUCAUGGUGGAGGGAGAUCAUCGGCGGCCGGCGCUACUGCCUGUUCCCCGCGGUGAAGAAAACGAUUCGGAAGAGUGGUGGUAUUAUUUCAUACCGGGCUGUACCGGGUGUUUUCAGUUUAGUGAAGAAUGAUUUGCGAUUACAUGGUAUCUGA